AUGAAAAUAAAAGAGGCAUACGGAGCAUCGAACAAGAUCAAUGCUGCAACGCAGAUACUGGACUAUGAGGGGAGGCGGUUGGUGUUAGAGAUUCGGAUGCUGAAUCUGAAAGACAUUGUUGGGGGUCCUGAGAGUACUGACAACAUCUUUUGGAGCCAUCGAUAUAAUCUGAAGGAGUUACUUCAGAUUUUUAAAACCGAAGACCAGAGAAAACUCCAAAUGAACGAUCAACAGUAG